AUGCGCCUUUCUUUCAUCCUCUCCCUCGCCAGCGUGGCCCUCGCCAGCGCCCUCCCCGCCGAGGACUCUGCCGGUGGCCUGGCCCAGCGCGAGGCCCUCCCCGCCGAGCUCGUGCCCAGGGCCUGCAGUGCCAACGGGUGCAAGUGCGUCAAGGGCCUGAAGCAGGGCGUCUACUGCGGCAACUGCGUCGUCGGCGCCGGCACGCUCGCCAUCUCCGCCAAGCGCGUUGCCAGCCAUGCCUACGAAUGCAACUCUAGUGGCGGGUGCUGCGACUACGGCGCAGCUAGCGACUGCGGGACAUCCAAGGCUAGGUGUAAGCAGGGUUCUGCAGUUUAG